ACAAAACCACUCACCAUGAAUAGAGAACCAAUAUACGGGCGUACCGGUCCGAGUGACCUUUAUUCGCGACCUCCGCGAAAUCCAUUGAUUGUGGAGGAUUUGGACGACUUCUCAGACGACGAGACGUCGCCCCUCACUGAACCAAUCUACAAUGGAAGCCAACGCAGCUAUAUGGAGACCAAAGGUUGGGACGUGUUUCGAAAUCUACCCCCCGAGCAAGAUUCCGGUUCGGAAGCCAUCGACGCACGGUGUUUGGGCAUCAUCAUUCGGAUAUUAAAGGUGGUGGCAUACAUCCUCAGUUUCAUCAUCGUCCUCGGCGGUUGUGUGAUUGGCAAAGGCACCCUAUUCUUCAUGACCUCACAAAUCCGACCUCGCAAGACGAUUCUCCAUUGCAACAGAGAACUUGAACGCGACAAGCAAUAUUCGGCCGAGAUCUCCUCCGCAGAACAGGUGGCAUGGAUUUGGUGCCUAUUCGCAGCCUUCAUCAUCCCAGAAUUGGGCACGCUCUUCCGCUCUGCCCGAAUUUGCGUGUUCAAAUCGGCUCGACGAUGCUGCUUCUCGGACUUCAUGAUCGUGUGGGUCUUUGAAUCCAUGCAUAUCAUCGGCCUGGCUUUGCUCAUUUUUGUCGUGUUCCCGGAAUUGGAUGUGGUCAAGGGAGCCAUGCUCACCAAUUGCGUGGCCUUCUUACCCGCUUGCUUCAGUCUCUUGUCAAGAAACAACCGGGAAUCAAACCGUGUCCUAAAGGUGAUAAUGGAUCUAUUGGCCAUCAGUUGUCAAGCCACCGGAUUCGUGAUCUGGCCUCUGGUGGAGUCCGGCAGAGGAAAUGCCAAGAUGUGGACCGUAGCCGUGGCCAUCUUCUUGACCUCAGCGGGUUGGUGGGAGAAUUACGUGGAUCGUCGUUCUCCAUGGAGAGUGGUCAAGAACUUGGGCCGUUUGAAGGAGCGUCUUAAGAAGACUCGCUACUUCACCUACAGCUUCAUCGCCAUGUGGAAGAUGCUUCUCUUCUUUUGCUCAAUGAUCCUGUUCCUACAUCUGAAUGGAACCCAAGUGGGAUCCCUGUUCAGCCAGUUCACCAACGCCUUCUCCGCCCAUCCAAUUAACAUCACUCAGAUUCAUCACACCGGUCUGGCCCACAAUGUCCCCGAUAUCCCCGGGGGUCAAUUGCUCCAGGAGAUCAUUGAGAUUCGAUCACACGCCACCACGCCCAUCUACGUUCUGAUCAUCCAAGUGGUGGCCGCCUACUUGGCCUACAUUUUUGGCAAGUUUGCAUGCAAGAUCUGUAUUCAAGGCUUCUCCUUCGCCUUCCCCGUCAUCCUAUCGGUGCCCGUGUCCGUGAGUGUGUUGAUUGCCGCAUGCGGUUUGCGAAACGAGGAUGCCUGCUGGUUCCGCGAAUCCAUACCCGACUACCUUUACUUUGAGUGUCCCGGCGGGGACUUCUUGAACGACUUCAUUUCCGACCAGCAUGCCUGGAUCUGGCUGGUUUGGCUCCUAUCCCAAGCUUGGAUCGCGGUCCACAUCUGGACCCCUCACUGUGAGCGUUUAGCACCCACCGAGAAGCUCUUCGUCACGCCCAUGUAUUGCUCGUAUCUGAUCGAUCAAUCCCUGGCCAUGAACCGACGCAAGGACGACGAAGGCGAGGUCAAAACCGAGGAGCUCGAGCUCGACCGGGUGGGGAUGGAUGAGAACGACAUCUCCCAAUACUACGAGACCAUUUCCAUUCACACGGAGUCAUCCACCACGAAUGCUCCCAAGAGCAAGACUUCGGACUCGAUUACUCGGAUCUACGCCUGUGCCACCAUGUGGCACGAGACGCGUAGUGAGAUGAUGGAGAUGCUCAAGUCCAUCUUCCGCAUGGACGAGGAUCAGUCGGCUCGACGAGUGGCUCAAAAGUAUCUCAAAGUGGUGGAUGCGGAUUAUUACGAAUUCGAAACCCAUAUCUAUUUUGACGACGCCUUUGAGAUCAGUGACGUGUGCGAUGAUUGGAUGCAAGUCAACCAGUUUGUGCGCAUUUUUGUGGGUUGCAUGGAUGAGGCUGCCUCGUACGUGCAUCAGACAACCAUCCGUCUCCGACCCCCCAAGAAGAUUCCCACACCUUAUGGUGGUCGAUUGGUGUACACUCUUCCCGGCAAAACCAAGAUGGUGGUCCACAUGAAAGACAAGAGUCUUAUUCGGCAUAAGAAACGGUGGUCCCAAUGCAUGUACAUGUACUAUCUUUUGGGACAUCGACUCAUGGAACUCCCCAUCUCCGUUGAUCGUAAGGCCGUACUGGCUGAAAAUACCUACUUGCUCACAUUGGACGGCGACAUCGAUUUCCAGCCGCCAGCCGUGAACCUCUUGGUGGAUUUGAUGAAGAAGAACAAGAACCUGGGAGCCGCUUGCGGUCGCAUUCAUCCCGUGGGAUCCGGUCCAAUGGUAUGGUACCAACUCUUUGAGUACGCCAUUGGUCAUUGGCUCCAAAAAGCCACCGAGCAUAUGAUCGGAUGUGUGAUGUGCAGUCCUGGAUGCUUCUCGCUCUUCCGUGCCAAGGCCUUGAUGGACGACAACGUGAUGCGUCGCUACACCACCACCUCUGAAGAACCCCGCCAUUACGUCCAGUACGAUCAGGGCGAAGAUCGAUGGCUUUGUACCCUUCUCCUCCAAAGAGGCUACCGUGUCGAGUACUCGGCGGCCUCCGAUGCCUACACCCAUUGUCCCGAGGGGUUCAACGAGUUCUUCAACCAACGCCGUCGGUGGGUGCCUUCGACCAUUGCCAAUAUUUUUGACCUCCUUUUGGACUACAAGCACACCGUGAAGAUCAACGACAACAUCUCCUUGCCUUACAUUUGGUACCAAUGCAUGUUGAUGAUGGGAACCGUCAUUGGCCCGGGCACGAUCUUCCUUAUGUUAGUGGGAGCCUUUGUGGCCGCUUUCCGCAUCUCGAAUUGGAACUCCUUUACCUACAACUUGCUGCCCAUUGCCGCCUACACGUUGUGUUGCCUCACUUGCAAAAGUAACCUCCAACUCCUGCUCUCCGGCAUCCUGUCCACUUUCUACGCCCUGGUCAUGAUGGCCGUGAUUGUGGGAACCGCUCUGCAAUUGGGCGAGGACGGCAUUGGAUCCCCCUCGGCCAUCUUCUUGAUCUCCAUGGUGGGGUCAUUCUUCAUAGCGGCGUGUCUCCAUCCCCAAGAGUUCUGGUGCAUCGUGCCCGGUCUGAUCUACUUGUUGUGCAUUCCGGCCAUGUACUUGCUUCUGAUCAUCUACUCCAUCACCAACUUGAACGUGGUCUCUUGGGGCACUCGGGAAGUGGCCGUGAAGAAGACCAAGAAGGAAAUGGAAGAGGAACGAAAACAGGCCACCAUGCAGCAGAAGAAGGCCAAGAAAGACGGCGUUUGGGGGCUUUUGAUGAACGGCAACGAUGACGAGGAAGAGGGUGGGGUGGAUUUCUCCAUCGGCAAUGUCAUUCGUCUCAUGUUGUUCACGCACAAGAAGGACAACCAGGAUCGAGUCCAAUUGCUGAGAAUUGCCGAUUCUUUAGACACUCUCACCAAGCGAUUGGACAACAUUGAAAACGCCGUGGAUCCUCAUGUCUCCUCGAUUAAGAAGCAGAGACGGAAAUCCUCGCGUAUGUCAGCGCAUGGAGAGAUUCUCAACAACGUAUCCGAGUCAGGAGACAUCUUGGAGCUCUCUGAUGAGGAAGAGAGCGAGAUCAGCGAACCGAAAGAGGAACGAGACGACCUGAUCAACCCGUUCUGGUUGGAAGAUAAGGACCUUGGCAAGGGUGAAGUCGAUUACUUGUCUGGCUUGGAGGUGCAGUUUUGGAAAGACCUCCUGGAGAAGUAUCUGCAUCCUUUGGACGAUGAUAAACAGAAAAAGGCCUUAAUCACCCAAGGAUUGAAGGAGCUGCGGAAUAAAUCCGUGUUCUUCUUCGCUGUAUUCAAUGCCUUGUUCGUGUUGAUCAUUUUCAUGUUGACCUUGCACAAGGACACCCUGCACAUUGACUGGCCUCUGGGCGUCAAAGAAAACAUCACUGUGACUGAAGAUCAACAGGUCUUGGUCAGCAAGGAGUACCUGCAUCUGGAGCCCAUCGGUAUCGUGUUAGUGUUCUUUUUCUUCGCCAUUAUCUUGAUCCAGUUCAUCGCUAUGUUGUUCCAUCGAUUUGGAACCAUUUCCCAUAUCUUGGCCUCCACCGAGUUGAAUUGCUUCAAGCGUAAGGAGGACGUUCUCUCGGAUGAGGCUUUGAUCGAGAAGAAUGCCGUCGAGAUUGUGAAGCAGAUGCAGAAACUCAGAGGGAUCGACGGCGAGUACGACAGCGAAUCCAGUUCCAGUAACCGAUUGGCACACCGAAGAACCAUCCACAUGCUCGAGAAGAAUCGCCAGAAAAAGAGAGCCAUUGGAACCCUGGACGUGGCGUUCAAGAAGCGCUUCUUUGCCCUCUCCAAUAACCCUGAACAGGAAGGAUCCGACGGAAAAGGACCACAGACCCCUAUUCUGGGAAGCAAGAUGCCCAUGAGACGAGAGACUCUGAAAGCCCUGGAACAUCGUCGGGAUGACGUCAUGAACGAGCGGAAGCAAUCGAAAAUGCAAACCCUUGGUGCCAGCAACCCCUACAACAACAACAAGGAUAAGCACCGCAAUGCCACCAAGAUCACCCACGACACCGUGGAACGCAUCUUCACCAACGGCGGCGCCUCUGGCGGUGGGAUUGACAACUCUGGCUUUGAAGGCGGACCUUCCAACACCGACGACGAGUUGAGCUCCACGGCCGGUAAAAACCAUCUGCGAUCUUCGAUCACGUUCAAGGAUCGGACGGACCAGCUCAGAAACUCACUGGAUCGCCGAUCCACUAGUGCCACGUCCAAAAUGUGAAGCCCACCAGAGCACGCUCUCCAUGACCACUAUUCAGGUGUGAAUCUAUUAGUCCCCCCCAACUACUAGUACUACUACUACUACCACUACUACUACUACAACCACAACAACUGUCUCUGUUCUGUGUUCUGUGAUUACCUACCCAUUGGCUCUGAGGUGCCAGUCAAGUCUGUGAGCUUGAAAGUCCGGUCUUUUGAUUUAUUGACUUUGGAACCAUGGUAGAAAUGUGCCCAUUUGUGGAUUUUAUGGAUAUGCCCACCCACUACUACCGGCAUGAAACCCGUUCCUUGUGUUUGUGCCUCCAGUUGUUACAACUACUCCAUUUGCCACUACUACUAUAACAACGGUUACAACAACAUGAUAUUGAAGAAAUACAUUUGUCAACUUUA